GUUCCAAAACAACAAUCUUAACCUCAAACAAAUUUUAUUUCCAUAAAAAAAAAGGAAAGUUAUCGCACCUUCUGCGCAAUUUGAAAGUCACUUUAAUGAUUUCCGAGGACCGAGGGGACCGAGUCACUAUUAUAAAGAAAUAGAGAAUGCGAGGAAUUUUUAAUCAACUGAAUACUGCCUCCUCUUAAAUAUUAAUCGCAGUUAGAAAAUCAAUGACAUGAAAACGCAGAAGCGUUUUGGUGCACGUCAGAAUAUUUCUAUUUAAAAUAUAUAUAUAGUUUGCAACCGCACCUGUUGAAUUCGGAUUUCGGAACUGCGGAAAUUUCUCUAAAAAGUUCGCAUAACAAAAUCAGAUAAUUGUAACUAAAAUCUAUGUCCACAACUUUUCCUUAUCAGUACCAUUUCUGUUCAGACAUGGAUCAAAUAGGAGAACCGGCUCAGUCCCAAAAACUCGAGGGUUUUAAAUAUUUAACAAUUUUAACUCAAGCUUUUGGCAUUCUUUUAAUUAUUCUAAUGGCAACGUGGAAUUUUUGCUAUCGAGGCGGAUUUGCUUGGUCUUCAAGUCCAGCUUUACAAUUUAAUUGGCAUCCAAUGUUGAUGACAGUUGGACUCGUAUUUCUCUACGCUAAUGGAAUGUUAAUUUACAGAACACAAAGAAAUGUUCGUAAGAGGCGAUUGAAAUUAAUUCACGGAGGAAUAAUGUUAUUUGCCUUUUUAUUAACGAUUAUUGGUUCAGUGGCUGUUUUCAGUUUUCAUAACAAAAUGAAUAUUCCAAAUUUGUAUUCAUUGCACAGUUGGAUUGGAUUAUCGGCUAUCAUUCUAUUUGUUGGACAGUGGAUCGCUGGUUGUGUUUCAUUCUUAUAUCCUGGAGUUCAAAUUACUCUACGAGCUGCCUAUAUGCCAAUUCACGUUUACUUUGGAACUGCUGGUUUUAUUGCCAGUGUUGCUUCUUGUUUACUGGGACUCACUGAAAAAAUUCUUUUCGUCGACUCCAUGAAAGAAUCAGCACUGAAGUAUCAAAAUUUGCCAGCUGAAGGAGUUUUGGUGAAUGUUAUAGGAUUAAUAUUCAUUAUUUUUGGAUCCCUUACAGUUUAUUUAUCAUCGCAGGAACGCUAUAAACGAUUACCUCGUCCAGAAGAUGAUUUUUUACUAUCGAGCAGAAGCAAUUGAGAGGAAAAAUCAACUUGACUAUUCACAAAAAUUUAAUGCGCGACAAUUGGGCACAAAAUUCAAAUUUUGUUUUUUAUUUUCCAUUUUUUAUUCAGACUGUUUUUUUUAAAUUAAUUUACCAGUAAUUUUAAACAACGAAUUAAUUUAGCGGAUAUCAAAAAAGUAUUUUACUGGUAUAUUUUUUUAAUGACAAAACACAAACUUUUUUCAUACCAAAAAACUGAAUUAAAAAAAAAUAUGAAUAUAUUUUUUAACUUUCUCUAUUUAAAAUGUUUAAAUAUAAAGUUUUAAAUUUACUACAAGUAGACAAAGAAAUAGAAAAGAAAUUUUAAUAUUUAUUACUCAUAGUUCAUGCCUUUCGGCUUUGAACGAAAAUGAAAGUUUUAAUGUAUAUUAUAUAUUAAAUAUAAAUUAUAUAUUUAUUAUAUAUGUAAACAAUAAUUAACUUCAAUUGUGUAAAAUUAUCGCAAGAUAUAAAUCAAUGUUACGUGUUUCUUUCUUACAUGUUUUAAAGAAUUUAUUAAAGAUAUAAAAAAAAUUAUAUGAGCGAUAAGAAGAUCACGUAAUUAUUUAUAUUUAUAAUUAAAAAAUCAUCGAUAACUUGUAAUUCUUGACUGAUAUUCAAAAGGUGUCUAAUUAACCAAAAUAUUGAGAGAAAAAAGAACUUAAAUUUUAAAGUUUUGUAAGAUUUUUUUUAAUAAUAAUAUUUUAAUUAAUUAAUAUUAAUUAAUAAUUAAUUAAUUAUUUUUAUUAAUAAUAUUUCUGUUAUUUUUGUUUUAAGGAGUUAUUUUUUUUUAGAAAUUUGCGUUAGUUUUACUUCGUAAUUCUACUUAAUUAAUUGUGAUUUCUUCAAGUUCAAAAUAAAAACUGAUGGUGCUUUUAAUUUUCCUAUUUACAGAAAAAAAUAGUUAUUUACAAUUAUCUUUACAUUUUUAUUGUAAAAAAUACAGAAUCUUCCUUGUGAUCAAUGUAUCGAAAAUAAAAUAUCCGAAUAUUGAAAAUUUGAAA